CCGGCCGUCGCCGUUCUACUUCCGGGUGGGGAUCACUCCCUCCGCCGUCGGUUCCGAACAGUCCAAAGCGCCGGUGCCGCCAUGAGGCUGUUCAGUCUGACCGUGCUGUACAAGGCCGAGCCCCGCGUGCAGCUGCUCAAAGCCGCCCACGACGUGACCACGUUCAACUUCUUCCAGAGAUCCAGCGUGCAGGAAUUCAUGACCUUCACCAGCCAACUGAUUGUGGAGCGCUCGGAGCUGGGCAGCAGGGCCUCGGUCAAGGAGCAAGAUUACCUGUGCCACGUGUACGUGCGCGCUGAUGGACUGGCUGGGGUGGUGAUUGCCGACAAUGAAUAUCCGUCACGGGUGUGCUUCACGUUGCUGGACAAGGUGCUGGAGGAGUUCAGCAGGCAGGUGAGCAGAGCAGAGUGGCCCUCGGGGUCUCCCUCCACCAUCAACUACUCAGCCCUGGAUGGAUACCUCAGCAAAUACCAGAACCCCCGCGAUGCCGACCCGAUGACCAGGGUGCAGGCGGAGCUGGACGAGACCAAAAUCAUCCUGCACAACACCAUGGAGUCGCUGCUGGAGCGAGGGGAGAAGCUGGAUGACCUGGUGUCCAAGUCGGAGGUGCUGGGGGUGCAGUCCAAAGCCUUCUACAAAACCGCCCGAAAGCAGAACUCGUGCUGUGAGAUCAUGUGACCCGGAGCCGGGGGUCUCCUGCUGCACCCACCGGGGCCUUCACUCCCAUUCGGAUCUUGGCUGCUCCCAGGACUGACAGCAGAACCCGCGGGCUCCCGGGCCGUGCCGCAGCCUUACCCACAAACUGGGCCCCAGACUGGGGAGCGCCGGGAGCACCGUGCCCGCCAUGACGCCUGUCACACCAGCGAGUGCCUCGGCCGUGGGAUGGGGAGAGAGGAGCCGCCCCCCCCGCAGGGCCUGGGGCUGUGCGGGAAAUGGGGGGUUUUAUGGGGCUGCUGUGGGGGG